UAUCCAUUGGGUUUGAUGGCGGAGCAGAGUCACCGGCGCCGGUCGUUCUCCUCCUGGCUGAUCAGCUGCUGGGGCGGCGGCGGCGGCGGCGGCGGAGGAGGAGGAGGAGGAGGAGGAGGGGAGUACAACGAGAGCAGUUCGGAUUCGGGUCAGCGGGUGUCGUGGGAUUUGGACCCGCUGUCGCUGGAGGACUUAUCGCUGACGGUGGCGGGGUCGAACCUGGUGGCGUUCACCAUCGCGGAGCUGAAGACGGCGACGAGGAACUUCACCAUGACCAACCUGCUCGGAUCCGGCGGGUUCGGGCACGUCUACAAGGGGUUCGUCGACGAGCGGAUCCGGCCGCAGCAGGUCGCCGUCAAGACGCUGGACCUCGACGGGCAGCAGGGACACCGGGAGUGGCUGGCUGAGGUCGUGUACUUGGGUCAGCUGAGGCAUCCACAUCUUGUUAAAUUGAUCGGAUAUUGCUGCGAGGAUGAGCACCGGAUGCUGGUUUACGAGUACAUGCCGAGAGGGAGCUUGGAGAAUCAACUGUUCAAGAGAUUGCUUGCCUCGUUGCCAUGGUCGACCAGGCUGAAGAUCACCGUCGGAGCUGCGAAGCAAGGGCGGAAUCAGGUUAUGGUUUAUCCGGGCUGUAGCCCGGAGGCCGACGAUGCCGAAUCUCGAAUUUACAGGGGAAAACAAAUGGAAAACACGAGAAAAAGAGGAAUUAGUCUGGGGCGAUGGUGUUGGAGUUGGCAGUCAUUGCUCACAACCUGGAAUCAGCCCGGGUAGAUCACCCGGGCUGGCUCCGCCAUUGCUGCGAAGGGACUGGCGUUUCUCCACGAGGCAGAGAAGCCGGUCAUUUAUCGCGAUUUCAAAGCUUCGAAUAUCUUGCUCGACGAGGAUUACAUGGUGAAGCUCUCUGAUUUCGGGCUGGCGAAGGACGGGCCGCAAGGCAAUCACACCCACGUCGGCACGCGCGUCAUGGGCACGCAUGGAUACGCGGCGCCGGAGUACAUUUUGACCGGUAUGUAUAGAGCAAUUACUACUCGAUCGAUUGGAAUUGGAGUUGAUCCCAUCCGGAAGCUCAGUCAGACGGAGGCCGACCUCGAUGUCCUGGCUACGGACGAAAAGUCGUUGAAGUGUGCAGAUGACUUGGAAAACUUCGUGGAAAAGCUCCCACGGGCGGCUGACGGAGGACGGUGACGAGGUGAGAAGGCUCUGCGCACACUCAGACAAGCCCCCCCUAACGUUAGAGGCCGGAAACCAGGGAAAAAGUCCUCGGGUCAGGCCCUCUGACACUCAAGUCAGGUUGAGUAUGAAACACCAGUGGAAAUGAUUCUGGUAAUGACUGUUGAACAUGGAUUUGGUGGGCAAAAGUUUAUACUAGAAACAAUGGAUAAGGUAUGCGCAAUGAGGAAAAAUUUUUCAAUCCUUGAUAUAGAGGUGAAUAAGGUAUUUGAGAGGUGAUUCAUUUUUAGCUGAGGCACAAAGAUUAGUAUUGCUCUGUAGAACUGUAUGCUAUACAAGAAUUGUGAUGAUUCAAGUUUUGAAAUGAGCUUCACACUAAAAUAUGUAUAUGACAAAGCUAUGGGUGCAAACAUGUUUAUGCCACAUGAAGGGAUUCAUGAAGAUAUUAAUUGAUGAAUUUUGUAUAAUAUUUUAGCUAGCUACAUAUUUUUAGAUGUCAAUUGUUGGUUUUUGUAAAACUUUAAGGAGAAUAUAGUGUGGCAUAACUUUUGCAAUACAAUGAUUAUAUUUUAGAUAA